GGCUGUGCUGGUUGAGAGCUGUAGAGCCUUUGCACUUGCUUGAGAACCUUUUUUUUUUAUUAUUGCAGCUUGUCCAUGUGACUCUGGUUUCCGUUGCUGGCCUGCUUCCGUGAAUAGUAAAAAAGAGGCUUCAGUCACAUCAGGGGAAGGCAGCCCGAACCUCACACCAGAGAACGCUCCCUGCAACAGCGAGUCAACCAGCGAUAUGGUCAGUGGAUCAACCGUCAGUGGCUUAGGAAAUCCACAGCUAACCACCAGCCAGUGAGGAUGUUAAAAUGCCAGACCACAUGCUCACUGCCAUCCUGCUCUGCUUGUCACCCAUGUGGAGAAUCCUGACGCCGGUCUCAAGUCAUCCCCAACACAGCCAGUGUCAACUGAUCCAAAGAGCGGCUCUUUGCAACAAAGGCGAUCUGCCCUCUGUGCCUGGUGGACUGCCCGACAACUUAGAGGAGCUUCAGCUCAACUACAACAGCAUCCACACACUACAGAGCAACUCUCUACUUGGUUACCCCUCACUGAACACCCUGAGCUUAGCGUGUAAUCGUUUGGAAAAAUUGGAAUCGAACACUUUUCAGAACUCAAAGUUGUUAGAAAACCUCAAUUUAGCGAAUAACAAUCUUCAUGUUGGCUGCGAGGAAUCCAGCGGCGCUUUAAAGACGCUACCCGGGCUCAGGGCUCUGGAUCUGUCCGAGAAUGGGCUCGAGGAUGAAAUGGUGGCCACCCUUCUACAAAAUCUGACAUCCCUCGAGUACCUCAAUCUUUCUGGAAACUUGAUGAAGAGACUGGAUGAGACCUCCUUCAGGGAUCUUCACCAACUCAAAGAACUGGACCUGCAGAAAAACGGCAUGUACGAGAUCGACGCCGCCUUCGACGGAAAUCCGAUGCUCCAGCGGCUCAACCUGGCCUUCAACUACCUGCUUUGCCUGACAGACUUUCACAUGACGCAGCUGGUGGUCCUCAACGCCAGCCACAACUUCAUCGAGUGGUUCAUCUCCAGACAAGACCUCAACGACACGUUCCAGCUCGAGACGCUUGAUCUCUCCAACAACAACAUGCUCUUCUUUCCCUUCUUGCCCACCCACAGUCACUUGAGGAAUCUCUACCUAUCCCAAAACAGAGUUAGCUUUUACGAACACCUGGCGGACAACCGCACCUUCCCCAACGUGACCUCAACCGUUGAGUUCUACAACAUGAAGAAGUACGCGGGCAACGUGACGGCUCAGCUGUGGGACGAGAGCCUGCACGGUGACAUCUCCUCUCUGGAGAUUUUGGAUCUGCGGGGAAACCAGGUCGACCAUUUUCCUGAGGGAUUCAUCCGGAAAAUGCCCGCCCUAUCUAGACUUCGAAUGUUCACAAACUGCCUGGAGACCUUCAAUCUGACGUCGCACCAGUUCUCCGGCAGCUUGUACGAGUUGGACCUCAGCAACAACAGGCUGAACCAGAUCGUCGCAGACAGGGGUACGCUGAACGCUCUCGGCAAUCUGACCUACCUUAACCUCAGUCUGAACAGUCUGGAGGGGCUUCCCUCGGGACUGUUCUCCUCGCUGCCCGGCCUCCGGUCAGUGGAUCUCAGUUACAACAACGUUGACAUUUGCCAUCCUGAGGAAGCUGACCCCGGCGCGGACAAUAGCUCGGCUUGCGCGGAUUGUAAAAACGCGGCGUCCUUAACGCAGCUCUACCUUAAGGGAUGCAACCUUAAAAUAAUCCCAUUGUCCGCGUUCGCUGGGUUGUCUCUAACACACCUGGAACUGUCCGACAACCCCGGACUCAUUGUCCACCAGUCGAUGCAAAGUCUCAGAGGGACAAUACGCCACCUGGGUUUGGGAAACACUCAAAUACAAGACUUGGAAUUCUCCCAUUUGCAAAGUCUUGAGUUUUUAAACAUUGCAAGGAACGGUCUCACCCACCUCCCCCCGUCACUUCUAAGCCUUGACCUGAAGGGGCUGGAUUUGAGGGACAACAGGCUGCCCACCAUUCCUCCUGCUCAGGCCAACGCGUUGGCCUCCAAACUGCGCGUGGUGUUUCUCACAGGAAAUCCGUUCAACUGCUGCCAGACUGAGUGGUUCAGGACUUUUGAAACCACAAAGACGAUCAACGUGAUCGGACGAUCAGACAUUGAAUGUAAAGAUCUCAACCGGAUGACAUACAGAGUGGAGAAUUCCCACUCAUUCUUUUGUUUGGAGAAAGGUGGGGAAUCUGUUUUCUGGUAUAUUAUGCUUUUUCUACCCAUCUGUCUUUCUUUUGUGGGCAUUUUGAUAAUUUUUUGGCUCACCUUCAAGCCAAAAAUGCUGAAAAAGUCAAUCAAAAAGAAUUGUUUGAUGCCUACUUCUUACUGAUACUUUAUACACCUGAAACAAAAAUGUACGUUGCCGACAAAUUCAAUCGAUUGUGAAAGUGUCAAAAAUAAUGAAGGAACAAUUACGUGCUAUGUAUUCAAGCAGGGAGGGUGCUCAGUUUGUCACAAUGCUGUGCUGUCGUGCGAUUAAAAAAAGAAGGACCCCUUGCCUGAUACUGCGCGUGCCGUCUAUGUGUGUGUGUGUGUGUGUGUGUGUGUGUGUGUGUGUGUGUGAGAGAGAGCAUAUGCAGAAGUAGUGUGAUGCAAGUUGUUGCUAUAUGCAGCAGAGGAAACAUGAAAUUUCCUGUUUUGCUAAGAUGUGCAGGAACUCUUUGAGUUCACCAUCUCAAAGAGGAGGUGCAUCAGGUUUCCUUCCCAUCCGGUGAACACAGUUGCAACAUGUGCGUAAGAUUUCAGCGUGUAAGUACAGCUUUCAAAAUAAACCUCACAAAGGAUCAUUU